ACCUCUUGGCCGGAUGUGAGGAGCCGGUUUGCUUCCGGGCGAGGGGGAGAAGAAUGGAAGAUGAGCUCCCAGAGAGGGAACGUGUCCCGGACGCGAGCUCAACGGCACCAGAACGCUCAAGGCUUCCGGAAUGACAAGUACGACUCCAGCGCCCAACGAAAGAAAAUCAAUGCAAAACACCAUGAAGGGCUCUGUCAACAUUGUAAGGAGGUCCUGGAAUGGCGGGUAAAAUUCAACAAGUAUAAGCCAUUAACACAGGCUAAAAAAUGCAUAAAAUGUCUGCAAAAGACAGUAAAGGAUUCUUACCAUAUUAUCUGCAGAUCAUGUGCCUGCGCCCUGGAGCUGUGUGCUAAGUGUGGAAAGAGGGAAGACAUCGUGAUUCCAAUUCAGACAAAUCUACAGCAUACUGAGCAAAAGCCUUUCCAAAACCAUCAAAGACAGAAUAACAGAAAGGAUGUAUUUGAGAAAGAUGAUGAAACAAAUUUAAGUGGCUUGGAAGAUGAAGAUCUGGAUUUACUCAUGUAACAGAUUAAAAACUUAAACUGAAAACUACAGGGAUCUAAACGAUUUCUUCAAAACAAAGCUUUUAGGCAUCGUUUCAUUUUUUCCUAAAUGAUUUGUUGGACAUUUUUGCUGUGUGUGGAAUUCAUGGCAUCUGGAAACAGUUUUCACAAAUCUUAUGAUUCCGUUUUCUUCAAGAACCAAAUUUGCUUAAAGGUUCAGUUGUUAGGAUAACUUUUUUAUUUAACAAGUUAAUAGCAACAAGCAUGGUAUCCCAUAUCUGACUUUAAAGUAUUUUAUUGUUUGUCUUCUUGCCUCUUCUGCCAUUAAAUUGUUUCUCCCUCAGCCUUACUUGAACACCACUGAUCCUGUAAAGCGUUGUGAGGGCAUUUUGUAAUACACACACACACACACGCACACACGGAAUAAAAUAUAUAAUAAACAGAGGCCAAUCUUAUCUAUUCUGUGAAACCUAAAACAAGAACACGAAAGAAUCUAGCCGUUUUACUUCAAACCCUUUGCACAGUGCCUAAGUGCCAGGAGCCCUGGUGGUGCCGUGGUUAGAAUGCAGUGUUGCAAGCAAACUCGGCCUACAGCUCAGAUUUCAAUCCUGUUGGGGCUCAAGCUUGACUCAGCCUUUCAUACUUUUAGCCUUCCAGGGACUUAAAGUGACACAGAUUGUUGGAGACAAUAUACUGAUAUUGUAAACCGCCCAGAGUGUGCUGUAAAGUACUAUGGAGCGGUAUAUAAGUCUAUUGCUUUUGCUAAGACAUAAUGGCCAUACUGAUAAAGAUUAAAAAACAUUAUCAAGACAAGUAACAGAUCCUUUCUAAACUGUAAUUACUUUUAUUUGGAAAAUGAAUUGUCAGAUUGGAGAAGGAAACCAGUUGCUUUACAAUAAAUAUGUUUUGUAUCCUUCCUAUCCUUGGUUUGGAGAAAAUUAAAGAAAUAAAUUAUAGUAUUA